AUGACCGACUUGAAGAAAAAUAGAGAAAAUACAGAGUACGCCCUGAAGAUAGGGAGCCAGACGGGUAGUUCCGGCGAUUCAGGCUGCCUGAAUAAAAAAAUCACCCUACCUCGCACGCUGCCAAGGCAAGCGUCUAAUCCCCGUGUGGGUCUUAAGUCCAGCGCGGCCGGCCACAAUCAUACGCCCUAUACCUACCGGCCUGUCAAAGUCGUCGGGAGUGGCAGCUUCGGCGUCGUCGUGCACGCGAAAAUCGAGGAAACGGGCGAGGACGUCGCGAUUAAGCAGGUGCGCUACGACAGCCGCCUUCAUAACCGUGAGUUGAUGAUCAUGCGGGAUCUCAUUCAGAGUGGGUGUGAUGGGAACAGUAGCAGUGGGGGGGGUACUUCAAAUCCCACCCCGGUAGCAGGCAACACGGAAGGCUUUGGAUCUUCCAGACCGGGAGCCCCUCAGGGUGAUCCCGCCCAUCGUGGGGAAUCGGGCAAACCCAUCUUUCCAGAAGGCGGUGGGGUGAAACCAAAGGUGUCGAACGCGCCAACCACCUCCUCACCUUUGAGCACGGAGCUGCUUUCAUCAACGAGUUCGCCGUCGUCGUUAGCGUCGCCCGCGGCGCCAGGGUCGCCGACGGGUUUUCUACUUCGACGCCACCCCAACAUCGUGCAGCUCCGCACCUACUACUACUCUACCGAUCCCGAAACGAACGAGCAGUACGUGAACCUCGUGAUGAAUUACCUCCCGACGGAUUUUUUCGCGAUGAAGCAAAAAUACUUUAAACGCAUCCGGGAGGGCGCGACGGCAAAGAAAGGAGGGGCGCCGCGCGAUGCCCGGCGAAGAAAAUCCUCCAACGCCAAUCCAACAGCGUUGGAUCGGAGCGAAGGGGAUUCCAACAGCCUCCAUCAUAACAGCGGGAGUAUGCUUUUUCCGCUCCUAUGGACGAAACUUAUCCUCUUUCAGCUCGGCCGGGCGUUGGCUUUUCUCCACGGCAAGGAUAUCUGCCAUCGCGAUAUCAAACCCGCGAAUAUGCUCAUCGAUACGGAGACGGGCCGGCUUCAGCUCUGUGAUUUUGGAAGCGCGAAGCGGAUUUGCCGGAAAGGGGUUGAUAAGAACGUUUCGUACAUCUGUUCGAGGUACUACCGCGCGCCGGAGCUGCUUUUUGGGGUGAUGCAUUACGGCUGUGAGGUGGAUAUGUGGUCGGUGGGUUGCAUCGCGGCGGAGCUCCUCCGCGAGGGUGGCCAUCCCGUGUUUAAAGGCAUCACCACGGUGGAUCAGAUGGCGGAGAUUUUUAAGGUGUUGGGGGCCCCUUCGAUGAGUGAGAUGUACGCGAUGAACUCGCAAAGCGCCGCGGCGAUGCUGCAGACGCAUCGGCAGUACGGCGGGAGGGGAUUUCCAUCGCCGUCGAUCCCGGGCUCCUCCACCGCCGCCGCCGCGUCUGCGGUUGGCGCCCCGACAGGACUUCCCCCCCCUCCUUCCUCCACCCAAGGGAUUUCCGACGCGGAUGGAAAUGACGGAGUGGACGGGGAUUCGUUUCACCCGGCCUACGGCCUCGCAAGCGAUUAUUUCGAGCAUUACAACGUCCUCAAGGUGAAGGCGUUGGCGUGGACGCACGUCCUGCAUUGCGACGCCCCUUCCACGGCGGUGAAGCUCGUCUCCGAGCUGCUUCGUUACGUCCCCGGGGAGCGGCUGACCGCGGUGGAGUUCGUCGAGCACGCCUUUUUUGACGAUUUAUUCAGCCAACCCCACGACGAUGCCGCCAGGGAGACGGAGGAAUCACCGCGAGAGGGGCACGGAAAAAACCUCCCCUGGCGGCUUCCGCGGCUGGAAAACGGGAAAACGCUCCCGAUUGAGAUGUUUAUGCUUACCGAGACGGAAACGCAUCUGUACUCGGAGAAGUUUCAGAGUAAGAUGAAUCGCGAGGUGCAGCGAAUUUACGCCGCGAUGCAGGUGGCGGGUGCGGCAUCCACCGGGGCUUCCCGAUAA